AUGAGCGGAAAUCACGCUAUAAACACUAUUUUCAGUAAUUUCCAGAAAAGUUUGGAUGAAGAGCAAGAUUUACGUGAAGUUAUACGAAAUAUUUGCAAGGAAGUGGAUCAGAUAUCGCGUGAAAUUACAACAGUUUUACAAGUGAUACAUCAUAACGAAGCCGGCAUUGCUCCCGCAUGCUUGGAAGCUAGACACUUACUAGAGAAAGCAUGUGAAGGUUACCAGAGACUCAAGCAAGCCGUACCAUCCACGGAUUAUUAUAAAUACCACGACCACUGGCGCUUCAUGACCCAACGGUACUGCUUCCUGAUCUCUCUCACCAUAUGGCUGGAGAAGGGCAUUCUCGCCACACAUGACACCGUCGCGGCUGUUCUAGGCAUAAGUGCCGUGGAAGAGAAGGAGGGGUUCCACUUGGACAUAGACGACUAUCUCGUGGGGUUGCUUAGUCUGUGCUCGGAGUUGUCGCGGCUGGCGGUGAACGCGGUGACGCGCGGCGACUACGACAAGCCGCUGCAAAUAUCCAAGUUCGUGAUGGAGCUCAACGCCGGCUUCAGACUGCUGAACCUGAAGAACGACCACCUGCGCAAGCGCUUCGACGCGCUCAAGUACGACGUGAAGAAGAUCGAGGAGGUCGUGUAUGACCUCAGCAUCCGCGGCCUGCUGCCCCACGCCGCCCCCGCCCCCUCCCCCGCCCUCGCCGCCGCCGCGCGGGACGACCUG